UCCUGCUUCUUCUUUUUCUUCUUCUUCUUCGUGGUGUCAGCAGCAGCCGUCAAUCGUCCUGGAUGACGUUUCUCGCCGGGGGACUACUCGAUGGCUCGCUGGAUGCGCAAAGACAACAAUCCCCCACCCACCACCCAACACCCAAAACGGGGUCGACACGACGAGAGCGAAGACGAGCUUCCCCCACCCGCACCAUCGCUAAUACGCUUUCACGUGCGUGCGAGGCGCGAACAACUCCCAACGGAACCAGCAGCAGCAGUUUGGGAAGAGAAGCAUCGAGAAUCGAACGAUAACGAACGCCGAGCACGGGUUCUGGGUAGGGGUGGGCUCCAGCUAGCUGUGACGACGAUUUACUGAUCUUCAUCGGUCUGCGCCUGCAACGGGAAAAUGUCCUUUCGGCGUGCCCUAAAGUAUGGUAUCGCCGGGAGUGCCGUGCUGGGUACGGGCCUCAGUCUGCACGCAAACGAUUACGAUCUUAACUCGGUCGGGAUAGUGCGGUUAGCGCGAGCCGGAGCGACCGUAUUCGAUAUUGCCCGCACCUAUCAGGCCAACCUGUACAGUCGCAAGUGGCCAGACAAGAAGGCGGCCGAGUAUGUGAAGCUGAAAAGUGAAACACAUCGAUUAGCGGCCGAAAGGUUGCUUGAACUGUGCCGCACAAACCGUGGCGUUUACAUAAAGGUUGGCCAACAUAUCGGUGCCCUCGAGUACCUGCUGCCACCGGAGUAUGUUAACACGAUGAAGGUGCUGCACAGCAAUGCACCCCAGAAUCCGGUCGAAGAUCUGUACCGCGUAAUACGACAGGAUCUGCGCAUCGAACCGGACGAGCUGUUUGAAUCGUUUGAUCCGGAACCACUCGGUACGGCCUCGCUGGCACAGGUUCAUCGAGCGACGCUAAAAGAUGGCCGUGAGGUAGCGGUGAAGGUCCAGCACCCGUACGUGAAGGGCAACUCGACCGUGGACAUUAAAACGAUGGAAGUGCUGGUGAAACUGGUGGCCUGGACGUUCCCGGACUUUAAGUUCCAGUGGUUGGUGGACGAAUCGAAGCGCAAUUUACCGGUCGAACUCGACUUUGCCCACGAGGGUCGCAACGCGGAGAAAGUGCGCGAAAUGUUUCGCCACUAUCGGUGGUUGAAGAUACCGGGCGUCAUCUGGGAGUACACGACGUCCCGUGUGCUAAUGAUGGAGUACACCAAGGGUGGCCAGGUGAACGAUCUCGAGUACAUUCAGCGCGAACGGCUCGAUCCGUACGAUAUUGCCAACAAGAUCGGUCAGCUGUACUCGAACAUGAUCUUUCUGAAGGGAUUCGUGCACAGCGAUCCGCAUCCGGGUAACAUCUUGGUGCGGAGGGGCGAAAGCGGCACCGAGAUCGUGCUACUCGAUCAUGGUCUGUAUGCGGAGCUAACGGAGAAGUUCCGCUAUAACUACUCGCAGCUAUGGUUGAGUAUACUGCGCGUCGAUCAGCUCGGUAUGAAGCGGUACGCCCAGGCGCUCGGUGUCGAGGGUUCGAUGUGGGGUUUGUUCGCGUGCAUGGUCACCGGGCGGCCCUGGAACUCGGUCAUCCACGGUGUGGAUAAGGUGAAACAGGACGAUGCGGAGAAGGAAAUGAUUCAAAACGAAGGCAAACUGGUGCUGCCCCACAUCUCGGACGUGCUCGAGAAGGUGGACCGGCAGAUGCUGCUGGUGCUGAAGACGAACGAUCUGAUACGAGGCAUCGAGACGACACUGCGUACCCAAAAUCGCAUGACCGCGUUUUGGGUGAUGUCCAAGUGUUGCGUCAAAAGCAUCGGCAGCCAGGAGUACCUGAUUGCGCCAUCCACCUGGAGUAAAUUGGGCAUCUGCCUGCGAGAACAGUGGUCCAUUCUGAAGCUGAACCUCUACUACCUCUACCGUGGUAUCGUCUCGCUGCAUCUGCUAUCGACGCUCAAAAUGAUGUUCUAAAAACGAUCGCAAUCGCUUCGAUCGAUUAAACUCAGGAAGAGGCACAGCGGAGGGCUGGGGAAGGGGCUAUGGGUUUUGUUCAUUAGGCGCAUUAAGUGUAAUUAAGCGAGAAGAACGAAGCAAAGAGGAAGACCAUUCUUCCGAUCCGUUCGUUCGCACUCUUAACUCUCGCACGGUGGGCAGUCAUGUGGUGGAUGUUUUUGCUUCACUUUUUAGAAAAUUAUUUUUUAUACAAGGUUUUCGCAAUCUUUGUUCUUUUGUUUUUGCUCCUCUACUAAGUAGCUAUUAAUUAGGUUCGCUAGGUAAACUGCAAUUCAUCAAAUCGAUCAUUACGACAUUACGGACCAACGGCUUAUGGUCGCGCAGUAAUUACGAUAUCCUGCUUCGUAUGUUAGCUCACUACUGUUACUAACUGUUCUUCAUCAGUUUUGCCGGGUUACUGCCAAUCAUAUCGGCGCUUAUUCGCUGACUGGGCACUCGCCCCAUAUUGUGUACAUGUGUAAAGAGAAUCAGAAUGCAAAUAAAUGUUAUAUUUAUACC